AUGCGUUUUUUCAUAGUUUUGCUAGUAUGUUACGGAGUACGUUCGAUAGAAUCUCAUCUCAGUAUACCGGAUGAUCUCAAAGAAUGUUACGUGAACGGCAACAUGCAGAAUUUCCACCUUCCCAUGAAUAUGCGCGUGUUACUAGACAUCAUCCGCAAAGCGGAAAAAGAUUCUUACAGCACGAUGGAUAUAAGAGCGAUGUCGUCGUCCUUGCUGCAUAGAUUUAAAUUCGACGGCGUCGAACACUAUGAGAACAUACCGCCGCGCGACGGGGUACUUCCCUUUGGGCAAUCUGGAAAGCAAAGCAUGAGGAACAGAUUAGUGAAAGCAUUGGACCCGGGGAAAGCUGAAAUUUUCCCGUUUGACGCGCUCACAGCGAUAGAACGAUGCACUUUGCACCAUGCGGUCUCGAAUACGAUUAUGAAGGAAAAUUCACGUAACACGGAUCUAUCGUGCGAAGAAAUAGGGCAGAAACUAACGACCAAAUCCCUAUUCCUUGAUCUGUGGAACUGUCCGAAAGAAUACGGAGUAAUUCUCACUCCAUACGGAACUAUCGCCCCAGGUGUUAUCAUAGCAGCUAUCGCUGCUUCGCUUCAGCAUCAGAGUAUCGCCUUAACUGACAUAUACAACAUCACCGAAAGACCCGGUAUCACGGAUAGCAUGGAUUAUAACGAACUGGUUGAUUUCGUCUUACCGAGAAGCGAAAUGAUACAUGACAAAUCGAUGUCGUACCUUCCUCUGCUCGGGUUAAACGUCAAUUUGGAUAAUAUAUGGCUGACCACGAUCGCGGGUGAUCUGGCGGAAAUGGUGGUGUAUCAAGGACCCGUGUUAGGCGCUGAUAUGGAACUUGGAGCUGCUGGGUUUUGGAACAAUACCAUGCGGCCCCAGGUUUAUUACCUAAAAAGUAACAGAGACAACUAUCUUGAUGCCACUCGUGCUGACAUAGUUAGCGACAUCGACGGUCUGAUUGUAGCGAGUCACGUGGAAACCUUGGUAAAUGACUUCAACAGUCUUCGUUUGAGUCAGAUCCUUGAUAUGUAUUAUUCGGGCGAGGGAAUAACUGUGCGUGAGGAGAACAUUCGAGUUUGCGACAGGAAAAACGCUUUCCCAGACGCUGUGCCGAAGACAGUUUUGUACGAACAGACGUACGCCGCAUCCGACAUCCUGGCCUAUUACAGCAGCAUCAGAUUCACAUCUCCGGAAUUUUUCAAGCGAAUGGUUGACCAUGCAAUCGACAGAUUUUCCGUUUACGCCAACAGUCAUCUAUUGACGGAAGUUCUCUGCAGGGACAGAAAACAGUAUCCACGAGUGGAGGCAUUAAUCGCAUUUGACGGUGCUUGGGCGAAAGAACAAACGAUGGAUUUCUUCGCAACAUUGAUAGAGGAUUUGGAUAUAUCGAUGUACGGCUCGAAAAUGGGUAUCUUACACGGCACAUCUGGGGAAUGGUUGCUUAACGUAACGGAGAGUCCUAGUCUUGCCUACCAUGCUGUGUCUAAUUUCUCAAAAAUUUCGUGGCCUACGCAUUUAAAUCUUCUGGUGACCAUGAAUGCGGUGUAUAAUUACUUGAAUGAAACAUGGGAAACGAAAGGACAGCAACAUACGAUAGGAAGCUUGGGGCAAGUGGUGAUAAUAUUGGCUCCGAUAACUCAGAUAUCUGAAAUAGAACAAGAGACGAUUUUGAAAUUAUUGCGAGAAAUAAGACAUCAUCAUCCUGACGUAAGCAUUUUAUAUUACGUGUCGGAAGGCCAUUCUGAGACUUUCCAACUUUUUAUAUUAUCGGAACAUGAUCGUUUAAUAGUCAGUCCUUAUAUCAAUACCAUUGGUGAAUUUUUAUUGACAAUGCCACGGACUCUAAGACCAAUAACAAAAGUUGCAACCAACUCUUCAGUGUUCCAAGAUGAAACGGAGGACUACAUAAGUCCUUCCGAAUCAAUUACGUACAUGUUGCAUCCACAGCAUAUUGACGCAAAGAAAACAACAAUCGCAGUUCAUAACUUCGGUUAUGGAACGAUAGAAGUUUGUUUGUGGAACCGAUUUAAAACAGGCAACAAUCAGGAACAUAUGACAUGUCGAUAUCUUGAUACACAUCAAGCUAUUGAUAUAGUUGACAACUUUGUAUGCACGGAUGCAGGUUGUCCUUAUAUAUAUCUUCGUGUACAAAAUAUUACUUCCUACAAAAAAUGUGCAGAGAUAGAAUGCAAGUUACCAAAUCAAGUGAGGUACAUUGUAAGGAUGCAAAAUUAUGAAAACUCAGCAAGCAAAAUGAAAACCUAA